UGACAUCCUCCAGCUUCCCCCCUUGGUGCUCCUUCUCCUCCAUCGAUCGUCAGUGCCUCUCUUAACAGAAAUAUUUCGUUAUCAUAGCAUUUCUGGCUUCAAAUAUCUAAUUUGAGCCAAAGAAAUCUCUGUUAUCCAGCAGGUUAGACCGCCGGGUAGAUGCUGCUCGAGUGUAUGAUGAACGGACACGCUAUCCUGUAUACUGGGGUCACUUUGGCCUUCUGGAGCACCAUAUUAAUCGUUGGUAUCUGCUAUACUAUAUUUGACCUUGGAUUCCGCUUUGAUGUGGCAUGGUUCCUGACAGAGACUUCUCCUUUCAUGUGGGCUUGUCUGGGCAUUGGCCUGGCCAUCUCUCUGUCUGUGGUGGGAGCUGCCUGGGGUAUCUACAUCACUGGCUCCAGCAUCAUUGGUGGUGGUGUUAAGGCUCCACGAAUCAAAACCAAGAAUUUGGUCAGCAUCAUCUUCUGUGAAGCUGUAGCAAUUUAUGGGAUCAUCAUGGCCAUUGUAAUCAGCAACAUGGCUGAGAAAUUCACUGGAACAACCCCUGAGACCAUCGGAGCAAGGAACUACCAAGCUGGUUACUCCAUGUUUGGAGCCGGUCUGACUGUGGGCUUUUCCAACCUCUUCUGUGGCAUCUGCGUCGGCAUCGUGGGCAGCGGAGCAGCUUUGGCAGACGCUCAGAACGCCAGCCUCUUUGUGAAGAUCCUCAUCGUUGAGAUCUUCGGCAGUGCAAUCGGCCUGUUUGGUGUCAUCGUAGCCAUUCUGCAGACGUCAAAAGUAAAGAUGGGUGACUAGAGGAUGCAUCCACGUUCAGAGAAGACAGAAACACACUGCUGGAAAAAUAAGAUGGAUUAUUGUGUAAAUACAUCGUAAAUUAUUUAAAUGUCUCUAUUUGCCUGGGAUUGUUUUUAACCAUUAUUCAUGCAAGAGUGGUUCACUCCCACCCUGCUGUCUUCUCGUGGAGGAAAUAUUAAUGUAGAAUAAGAAAACUGGGAAAAAAAUCACCAGAUGCCAGUGUUUUACAGCGCAUUGAGUCUCCAACAGAUCAGCUCGAUGUUAUGAAGCAAUAGUUUUGAGGAUGAAGUUGUGCUCAGAUACAGUGAGACUUUUUUCCCUACUCUGGCAUGAAUGAUGAGUCAAAAACUUCACUAGACUAUAUGAAAAUAUUUGUGAGUGUGUGUGUGUAUGCUUGAUACGUGAUCUUUUUUCUUUUUGUGUGAAGCAUGAGGGUGUUUACCAUUGUGUUAGCCUGGUCUGUCACCUUUUUUGGUAACUUUUGUUUGCUUAUAAAGAAACGGUCCUUUUGCUCACAGGUGCCCAAACACAGUAUUCAUUGGACCUCUUGAUGUAGAAUAGAGACGUUUUAGAAAAACGAGUUUUGAAGAAGAUCUGGAAUAGUUAUUAAGGUUACUGGACAGUUGAGUGAGCUAUUUGGGAGAAAAUAAAGACAUAUCACAGCAGCAGUUCUGCUCUGAAAAUGUCAUCCCGUCUCUCAUUUCUUUUCCUAAGAAAUGCUAAUUUAGACACAAACAUUUGAGCCUCUUGGCAGCCAGUAUGCCCUCUUGUGUCUUUGUUGGUGUGGUUUUCUCCUGUGGUUUUCAAAGUUAUAAUUCAAAACUUAGUUACUUUUCAGAAAAAAUUCUGUCCUCUCUCCUGUGAGGAAUUUUAGCUGGUUAUAAAACAGACUGAAAUUAAUUUUGGUGCCUCUUUAUGACCAAUUUAAUCAAAGAAAACCAUCAGAAACAUGAUUGAUAAUUUGAAGGGGUUAUGUUUGAGUGUUGGGGCUCAGCGGGAGAGUAUUUUCUAAUCAUAAAACACUGCUUAUACAUGUACAGGACAAGAUCAGCAAAGAGGUACACUUUUGACCACAGGGGGCGCCAAAGUCUACCCAAAGCAAAAACUCCUUACUAGCAUUACCCAUAUAAACUGUGGCAGUAUAAGGAAUAAACUACUGAUUUAACUUUGAUACACAUUUUUUAGAUACCAGCAAAAAUGACCCUCUUCAGAUCUUCACAUUUCUUUAUUUUCAUAUCAAAAUCUAAUUUUUUUGAAUGUAUAUCUUUACACAUUAGCUGUGUAACAUUCCUAAAGAGAAGCUUUGUGUGCUCAUGUUUAUAAAUGUGUGGAGUGAAUAACCUGCAACACUCUCUUCAAUGCUCUCUCUCUUUAAAUUCAUCGUUUUGUCAGUAAGACUUGUAAAUCUGGGCGUCUUGGGACACCCAGGUUGAAAUGCUUGUAUUUGUCACCACUUUCUGUUUGCUGCAUCAUUCCACAUGUUUAGGAUGACAGACCACGGCUGAUUGUGAGUUGUCUCAAGUCUUUCUUGUAAUUUUUCCUCUGACCCUCUUGUAAAGUCGUGAAUGAGUGUAAACAUUGACACUGGGGAAGCUAGGUUGUCUUAAAUAGAUCCAGACUUGGCCUCCCAAAGGUGUCUGAGCAGCGUCUUUGCUCUUAUGGAUGAUGGAUUUCCUCUUAAGAUGUUUCUCCAAGGAUUCCUUUGGUCAACCAGGCUGUACACCAAACCUCGAGCUUUCAGUGACUGUAGUUGGUUCUGUGUGCAUUAUGUUGAUGUGAUGGUGAUCAGAAAGUAUCUCAUUGUUUUUGACAUUGUGUAUGAUAAUUACAAGAACAGAUCCUCACUCCUGGAUUCAUUAAUGUCAAUGAGAAUAAAACUGUCCAAUCAAGA